AGUCUUCAAGGCCAGCUCUUUGGUGCCUCCUCUGAUUAGGGAAGGGGUUCCAUUCUGCUCUGUCUCGCCGAUCACAAUUAGAAAAGAACUCUCUGAUCUUGUCCUCGGCGAAGGAAGGAACGUUGAUGCAAACCCCUUUUUUCGAUUUCUUCCGAGGACAAGUAAAAAUGGAGAUCUCGAUGAUUAGGUUACUUGUGUUGGCUGUUCUUUCCUUGAUGGUCACUUCUGUGGUUGGAGAAGGGAAGGGAAUCAGUGUGGCCUAUGAUGGGCGGUCAAUGAUCAUCAAUGGCUCCAGAGAAAUUCUGUUUUCGGGUUCUAUCCAUUAUCCCCGUAGCCCUCCUGAGAUGUGGAAGGACAUCCUGAAAAAAGCCAAAGAUGGAGGGUUGGAUAUCAUCUCGACAUAUGUUUUCUGGAAUGUUCAUGAGCCUGUUCAAGGCCAGUGGAACUUUGAGGGUAAUAAUGAUUUGGUGAAAUUCAUCAGAAUGAUUGGCGAGCUAAAUAUGUAUGUGAUGCUUAGAGUUGGGCCCUUCAUUGAAGCUGAAUGGAACUUUGGAGGAUUUCCAUAUUGGCUAAGAGAGAUUCCUGGCAUCACAUUCCGUUCUGACAAUGAACCAUUCAAGUAUCACAUGCAAAAAUUUGUCUCGAAGAUCAUAGAUUUGAUGAAACAGGAGAAAUUGUUUGCUCCUCAGGGAGGACCGAUCAUUAUGGCACAGAUUGAAAAUGAGUACAACAAUGUCCAGGGUGUGUUCAAGGAAAAUGGUGCUAGAUACAUUCAGUGGGCAGCAAACAUGGCAGUGGCACUACAAACAGGAGUCCCGUGGGUCAUGUGCAAGCAAGAAGAUGCCCCUACUGCAGUGAUCAAUACAUGCAACGGUAGGCAAUGUGGUGACACAUUCACUGGUCCGAAUGGUCCCAAUAAGCCUUCUCUAUGGACUGAGAACUGGACUGCUCAGUACAGAGUAUUUGGAGAUGCACCUUCUCAAAGAACAGCAGAAGAUAUUGCAUAUUCAGUUGCUCGUUUCUUCUCCAAGAAUGGAACUCAUACCAAUUACUAUAUGUACUAUGGUGGGACUAAUUAUGGCAGGUCAGGUUCAUCUUUUGUGACGACUCGCUACUAUGAUGAAGCUCCCAUUGAUGAAUAUGGUUUGCUGAGGGGACCGAAAUGGGGUCAUCUUAAGGACUUGCAUAGGGCAUUAAAACUGUCCAAGAAGCCUUUACUAUGGGGGACUCCCGGUGUGGAAAGGCAGGGCGAUGAUCUAGAGAUUAGAACUUUUGAGAAGCCUGGUGAAAUGUGUGCUGCUUUCCUGAUCAACAACAAAACAAGAGAUGGUGCCACCAUUAAAUUUAGGGGUCAAGAUAUUUACCUUCCCGCAAAAUCUAUUAGCAUCCUCCCAGAUUGCAAGACUGUGGUUUACAAUACUCAAACAAUUGUUGCACAACAGAGCUCGAGGAAUUUUGUACCUUCAACCAAGGCAUGCAAUCUUAAAUGGGAAAUGUUCCGAGAAACCAUUUUAACUACGAAGGACAUGUCAAAUAAGAACAAGAUGCCCCAGGAGCUUUAUGGCCUCACCAAGGAUACCUCUGACUACGCAUGGUACAGCACCAGCAUAAAUUCUGAUGGGACAAAGCAGGGGGAUCUACAGGUUGCAAAUCUUGGCCAUGCAAUGCUUGCAUUUGUAAAUGGAGAAUAUAUAGGGUUUGAACAUGGGAGCGACGUAGACAAGAGUUUUUCCAUGAAGAAGCCCAUAACGUUGAAGCCUGGACAAAAUCACAUAACACUGUUGGGAAUGACAGUUGGAUUUCCGGAUAGCGGAGCCUAUAUGGAGCGUAAAUAUGCUGGAGUCAGAGCUGUAACGAUCGUGAGUGGCAGUCAAACCCGUGAUAUCACGCAGAACACUUGGGGUCAUGAGGUUGGAGUAAGAGGAGAGAAGCUCCAGUUGUACACAGAGCAAGGAGUAGGUAAAGUGCAAUGGACACCAGCUGCAAAGGGAGCAGGACCACCUCUUACAUGGUACAAGACAAAGUUUGAUGCUCCAGAAGGUGAUUGUCCUGUCGCUCUUCGAAUGACCUCCAUGGCCAAAGGUAUGGUUUGGGUCAACGGUAAAAGCAUUGGUCGUUACUGGACAUCUUACCUCACAAGUCUAGGACAACCAUCUCAAUCUGAGUACCAUAUUCCUAGACCCUUCUUGAAACCAGCAAACAAUCUCUUGGUUGUCUUUGAGGAAACUGGAGGGAACCCAGAAGGAAUUGAGGUCCUAGUUAUCAAUAGAGACACAAUAUGCAGCUUUAUGCCCGAGAAUGCUCCAGCUGAUGUGGAUUCAUGGGAAAGGAACGAUAACCAGCUCCGAACUGUAGUGAAAGAACUCAAAUCAGCAGCUAACUUGACUUGUCCUGAUGAUAAACUAAUCAAGUCUGUUGAAUUUGCAAGCUUUGGUGAUCCUACUGGUCAGUGUGGAAACUACACUAUGGGAAAAUGCAAUUCACCAAACAUCCAGAAAGUUGUUGAACAGAACUGCUUGGGAAAGAAAUGCUGCACAAUUCCACUUGACAGAGGAAUUCUGGAUGACAAGAGCAAAGAUUCUUGCCCAGAUUUGAAGUACAAGACACUGGCUGUGCAACUUAAGUGUGCAUCAUAAGGAACACAAAUUAGAGAAUACUAUAUGAUCAGAUAGAGUAAUGGCUUGUUGUGAUUGACUGAUUAUGAGAGAUAUUACACUUGAUAGUGGUCUAAUUAGCCAUGUAUAUAUACUUGAGAGCUUCAACUUUCAAUCUAUAUAUGUUACAAGUA